CAAGAACCACCGCUCACCAACCUUUUGCUGGUGGCCAUUUAAGCCCGCUUUGGACACCUUAGGACCAUUCAAUUUGGAUUUUUCAAAAUGGCAACUUUCUCUUCAAUCUCCAAGACUCUUCGUGGAUGUUUGAUUAAAAAAAAUUCAAAUUUUAUGCCAACCCUUUUGAGAUGCAUGAGCAAUGUCCCAGAAAACAGUGUUUAUGGCGGACCAAAGCCCCAGAAUCCGAACCAGAGAGUGACACUAACCAAUUUACGCCAAAAGUACAAGAAGAAUGAGUCUAUAACGAUGGUGACUGCCUAUGAUUAUCCCUCGGCUGUGCAUUUGGAUACUGCGGGGAUUGAUAUUUGCUUAGUUGGUGACUCAGCGUCGAUGGUGGUUCAUGGCCAUGACACCACUCUGCCGAUCACCUUGGACGAGAUGCUUGUGCAUUGUCGAGCGGUGGCACGCGGCGCCAACCGGCCGCUCCUUGUUGGGGACCUUCCUUUUGGGACUUAUGAGUCAAGUGCUCAGCAGGCAGUUGAUACAGCAGUAAGGGUUCUAAAGGAAGGAGGGAUGGAUGCAAUUAAAUUGGAAGGUGGGGCACCUUCAAGAAUUGCAGCUGCAAAAGCUAUUGUGGAAGCUGGAAUUGCUGUGAUGGGGCAUGUUGGGCUCACCCCUCAGGCCAUUAGUGUUCUUGGAGGAUUCAGGCCUCAAGGCAGAAAUGUGGAUAGUGCAGUCAAGGUAGUGGAGACUGGCCUGGCUUUGCAAGAAGCAGGGUGUUUUUCUGUUGUGUUAGAAUGUGUUCCUGCACCUGUGGCUGCUGCAGCAACAUCAGCUCUUCAGAUACCGACCAUUGGCAUUGGUGCUGGGCCUUUUUGUAGUGGUCAGGUGCUAGUUUAUCAUGACCUUCUCGGGAUGUUGCAACAUCCACAUCAUGCCAAGGUUACUCCGAAGUUUUGUAAACAGUAUGCUCGUGUUGGAGACAUCAUCAACAAAGCUCUCCUGGAGUACAAGGAAGAAGUGACAAAUGGUUCUUUUCCUAGCUCGGCCCACAGCCCUUAUAAAAUUGGUGCUACGGAAAUUGAUGCUUUUAUGCAACAGUUACAGAAGUCGGGUUUAGGUGAUGCAGCCUCUGCAGCAGCUGAUGCAGCUCAAAAGCUUGUAACUCCAAAUUUACAGGAUGAAUAGAGACAAUAGAGUUUGAGCAGUAACCAGAAUAUAGAGACUGCUUGUUUGUUUUUUCCUUCAAAUCUGGAAUUUUCACUGCACCGUGUGUUCAUUUGGAGUAUCUUAACAUGUGCACUGCAUAACCAGUUUUGGGAUUUAUCAGAGUUUAAGGUAGAAGAUUUUGGUCAAACAUUUGUUGUUGGAUCGGGGAAUUCUUGAAAGAUUCAGUUCGUUUCUUAGUGUUAGUAUGAAAGAGGAAAGUAAAUGUCCAAAAAUAGCAUUUUUCUUUGUGCAAUUGGUGUUGUUUAGUAUCCAUAUUUUUAGAUAUAGCAUAUGUAUGUGAGAUGAUAAUGCGAGUCGAAUAGAGCUUACAAUAACAACAAAUUAAGCUUCAUUUUCAAUUAUGGUUUAUUGAAUGAAUUUGCUUGGUGAAAAU